CAACCCACGAAGAAGACUGUGGCUACACCGGAUGUGUCGUCAUGAAAUGCGACCCAACCGAAUAUUGAGCAGUUUGUAACAGAAAGUGGAAGAGGCGCAUCAAGAUGAAUAGCAGAGGUGUUUCCGCCCACCUUAAGGACAGUGUACCUGUGGCCGGUUUGUGUCCGCAGGGAGCGUACGGUGUGCAGGACUCCCUGAGAGGAGGUUUCAGCAGCGUGAAGAAUGAACUCCUCCCGAGUCACCCUCUGGAGCUGUCUGAGAAAAACUUCCAUCUGAACCAGGACAAGAUGAACUUGUCGACUCUCAGGAACAUUCAGGGUCUCCACGCUCCGCUCAAACUUCAGAUGGAGUACAGAGCAGCCCGACAGAUCCAGCGGCUGCCCUUCCUACAGAGCUCUCACCUCGCUCUCGACACUCUCAGAGGAAGUGAUGAUGUCAUUGGUUUUGAGGACAUCCUGAGCGAUCCGGCUCAGAGCGAGAUGAUGGGAGAGCCUCACCUGAUGGUGGAGUACAAACUGGGCCUGCUGUGAAACCAGAGCGCGCGGACACACACACACUUUAAUUACACGUCUGUUUAAUAAAAAGAAAGACACGUUAA